AUGUCUAUAUUAGGGGACGAUUAUUCGCCCAUUCGACAAUGUGAGCAGUUUUCGCUUCCAAUAAUCAAUUUCUUUUCAUGGUUUCUAGUAUGGAGGGUUCCCACAAUCAAGAUUUUGCUCCAUAUGCUAAAAUCAGACGAAAACUGGGAACUAGAACUGAAAUCGUUAUCAUUUGUCUUUUCAAGAUUAUUAAGAAGCAAAUUCUCAGAAUGGGUUGUAUUGUUUCCUGAAGUAAAUAUUUGGACUACUAAUGGAGCAACGUUACAGGGACAAGUAAGCCAUAAGUACUUUUUGCCCAAAUUCAAUCACUUAUUGUAUCCUCGAUUCUCUGCGUUUUUCAACAUUAUAUCCAUACUUAACCAAUCAAAGCCACAUGCUUAUUUAAACAUGUACGACAUAACCAUCUUAUACACUCGUAAUGGCCAUGGCGUAGCUUCAAGUCAAUAUAAACCUCCGACUUUGCUAGAUAUAUUUGCCAGUGCAGAGCCUAUAACGGUCAUUGUUUAUGUAAAAAUCCGUUCAGUGUCAAGAAUCCCUACUAAAAGAAAAAAACUAGAAAAGUAUUUAGAACAUUUAUGGAUACACAAAGAGAAAAUGAUCUCACAAUUGAAGGCUGAAAAUGAUACCCACAUCCAAUUACGUAUAUUGCAAGAUGAUUUUUCUGUAGCUCUGUAG